GCAGGCCACCCACGUCCACCCCUUCACCCCACCGAGGACGAGUCUUGAGAAGAUUGCGCAGCCACAAUCAUGAAUCAUUGUUAGCUGAUUGCCUAUUGUCCCUAUUGUUUCAUCUCAUAUUCUUAAUCGCGAUAUCGCGGUCUUUACUCAGCAUGCGCGGCCUCUUGGGCGCGUUUUUGCUGGCACCAGCGCUCGCAGCAGCCCUCGUCGUUCCUGAUGUUCAGAUCGAAGAUUGGGAGGGAGCGAUUUCCAGCAGACCGGUCGCCGCUCAUGACCGGGCUGUCGCAUAUCUCGGUGUUGUAGUUCCUCAGGCAAGCGAUGUGCAAUCACCUGAUGAAGAUCGAUUACUACAAUUCAAGCUCGAAGUCCUGAGUUCAGAACAAGCUUGUGGAUUUGGAAAUGUUACUCUCGAUGGACAAGUCCUCCCUCAAACUCUUGAUGGCAAUUUUCCGUCUGGCACGGGUCCUAUCUCAACAGCUCAACAGAAUAUCGUAACUGGUUCCUGGUCUUUCCACUGCAUCAAGAUCAAUGGUCUACCCGAUAGUCAAUUGAUGAAGUUUACAGUUGAUGCCAUAGAUGGCGAGAUAGUCCAAGAUGUCGGCUUCUCCAUUCUUUUCAGACAAGCCGGUCAGGUCUCGAUCAUGAACAUCGAAACUGAUCUCUCGAUUCCCGACGAUGUUGUAGCCAAUCCCAACCCAGAAGGUCUUCGACCAGUCAAAGAGAUGGAUGAACCAUAUUUCGAUGUCGAGGAAGAAGUUGCCGAGUUGGAAUACCUCUGGAGCCAACUUAGAGAGAUCAAGUAUCUCAUCCACGAGAAGGAGAAAGCCCUUGCUCAUCAUGGCAACCGCCAACAUGUUAGCGAUCUCAAGGAUUGCGACAGCUUGAAGUGUGUUGUCAAGGCUUUCGCUCAACAUGCAAAGAACGCCGCUCAUGACUUGUAUGGAAAGGUGCGAGGCGAAUUCGAUGAGGAAGAGGACGAGUUUGGUCACCCGCACUUCAAGCACCCCAAGUUUCCAAAAUUUAAGAAUCCUUUCAAGGGAGGGAAGAAUCAUACUUGUGGCCCACCAAAGCAUGGCAAGGGAAACCACACCCUACCACACCCACCUUGGAAGAAACCACAUCAUCGUCCUCUACCCGUCUGCAGAUAUCCUCAUCCGCGAUUCCACCAUGGUCCGCCUCCAUUUCAUUACGGUCCUCCUCCAUUUGGACGACCUCAUGGCAUGCUACACGGGGGACCAGGUGCGCAUCACGGCCCGGAAGACAGACCUCAUCCACACCACUUUAUGCCUACUCCAAACGACUUCGAAUGGCCAAGCCCAAAACACCACUGGAACCACCCUCCGCCACCACCAGAGGACGCUCCAGAUAUGCCACUCCCGGACUUUGAUGGUCCCCAGCCACAUCACCAUGAAGAAAGUCCCGAGUUUGAUGGCCCACAUCAUCACCAAGGCCCACCGGAUUUUGACGCUCCUCCACCAUCUCACCAUGAAGGUCGUCCAGGUCGCGAAGGACCUCAUCACCACGAGAAUCCACCAGAUUUCGAAGGUCUAUCCCGUCAUCACGGAGGACCUCCUGAUUUCGAUGGCCCACCACCUCACCACGAAGAACGUCCAGAUUUCGAAGCUCCUCCGGACUUUGACGGCCCACCACCCCCUCAUCACGGUAAUCACCCACCACCACCACCGCCUCCCGAAUUCGAACACGAAGGAGGCCACAUGGGUCCUCCCGGUCCCCCCCACCGCAACGGCCUCGUCAAAGCCCUCAUCAUCACAAAAUUCACCGCCAUCGGCUUCCUCUUCGCCUUCCUAAUCAUCGCCCUUCACCGGCGCCUCUGCACCCCCAAACGACGCGCCGACCGCCAAGCCCGUCGUGAGGAGCGUCACCGUCGACGAGCAUAUCGCCGCGCAGCUCAUAAGCACCUCAUUACUCGUCUCCUAGCCAGACUCUCAGGCGAGGAAACCGAUAGUGACGACGAAGAUUACGAGGAGAAAAGGGAACGAUUACUCGCUGAUGCGGAAGAUGGGAUGAGCACGACUAUGACGGAGGAUAUCCGCGAGAUGCGGACGACGGCCGAUGUUGCGGGUGAGAUGGUCAUCGCUGAUUCCCAGCCCGCAAUUGUCCCGGAAACACAACCGCUGAUGGCGGAUGAUCUUACGUCGCAGAUUGGAGAGGGGGAGGAGUUGCCGGCUUACGAGGAUAAUGAUGGGAGUGAGAUGAGUAGUGUGAUUGCGGAUGGAUUUCGGUAUACCCCGGGCGGCAUGGGGAGAGAGGAGUAUACGCCUAGUCAGAGUGAUGCGGGGAGUGUGAGUGAUAUUUUGGGGCCGGAUACUAAGUCAUGAGCGAGCCUUAGCGAGCGAGCAGGUGAGCACGCGAGAAAGCAAUGGGAAAGGGAUGGAGGAGAAAUCUUCGUUUGUUUGGGAGGUUAUUAUCUGUUUGGCUGGACGGACAGCCUAAUUAUGUUUCACUACUAUACCUCCUGUAGAUAUU